CCAGAACGUGAACCGACGACCAUGCACGCCUCCAUUCCCAAUUAGCUGGUCAAAAACAAUUGAAACUUCACCACCACCUUCACUGUACACAUACACGCACGCACACGGCAUGCAUAUAACUCCUUCACACGGAAAUCAUUCGAAUCAACUCCUCAAUCUCAGGGCAAAAGAUUCGAAAAGUUCCCGAUUUGUCCGCGGAGGAGGUGGUUGAAGAAAAAUUCGCCACAUUUGGAAUUCAAACAUGGAGGAGGGAAUCCGUUUACAGGCGGCCACGAGCUCGACGGAGAAAUGCAGAACAUGGCGCUCCGUCCUGAGAUGGACACCGACCUCCGCCGACCACAUCCUUGCCGCCGAGAAACGCCUGCUCUCCCUCGUCAAGACACCGUACAAGCAGGAGAGGGUUAACAUCGGGUCGGGUCCGCCCGGUUCGAAAAUACGGUGGUUUCGCUCGGCGAGCAACGAGCCGAGAUUCAUCAAUACGGUGACGUUCGAUGGCAAAGAGGGGUCUCCGACCUUGGUGAUGGUGCACGGAUAUGGUGCUUCGCAGGGCUUCUUUUUCCGUAAUUUUGAUGCACUUGCCGAACACUUUAAGGUGAUAGCAAUUGAUCAGCUCGGUUGGGGUGGUUCCAGCAGGCCUGACUUCACAUGUAAAAGCACCGAAGAAACAGAGGCAUGGUUCAUUGAUUCCUUUGAAGAAUGGCGUAAAGCAAAAAAUCUUAGCAAUUUCAUUUUACUUGGACAUUCUUUCGGAGGAUAUGUUGCAGCUAAAUAUGCACUCAAGCAUCCCGAACACGUUCAGCACUUGAUUUUAGUUGGACCGGCUGGAUUUACUUCAGAAACAGAACAUAAGUCUGAGUGGCUUUCUCAAUUUAGAGCAACAUGGAAAGAUUAUGUUUAUCAUACUCUGGCGGCCAAAGCUAGUGGAGAGUUGUGCUUAAAGUAUAUAUUCUCCUUUGGAGCCUUUGCCCGAAAGCCCCUUUUGCACUGUGCAUCUGAAUGGAAGGUGCCAACGACAUUUAUAUACGGUGUGUAUGAUUGGAUGAACUACCAAGGAGCCCAAGAUGCUAGAAAGCAAAUGAAAGUUCCAUGUGAGAUUAUAAGAGUUCCGCAGUUGAAGCUCGAAGUUAGGCUGUUGACUUUCCCGUCAAAGCGCCAAUCUAGGGUAGUGAUUUUCCGAUCGAAGCUCGAUGGUGAGUCGGACAGGAUCGGGCCUCCCGUUGCCCGAUUCGGGCCAGAUGAGCCCUCCUAA